CGCAAUUUCUCGGUUUUCGAGAAUUGACCGAUCGAGAGUAGUUUCUCGAGAGCGUUUCUUCUUCCUUUUCUCCGCGGCGAUCGUCGGUUACGGUUAUACCCGGGAAGGAAUGAUGAGGAAAUAGCCGAAGGAGGAGGGAUCGAUCACUAGAAAGAGAAAAGAAAGAUAAAUAAAUAAUCUUUCACGUUUCUAGAAAAUCGUGAAACAUAUUAUAUUAUAUUUGGAAAGCUGGGUGAAAACUCGAAGGAGGCAGGAAACAUGCAUUCCCGGGGUAGGAAGAUGCAACUGGUACCGUGUUUCGGUGGCGUAGAGAUCGUGCUGUGUUUGUGGAUCACGAGUGCUGUUUUAACACUGGUCGCGUCCCAGCAAAAGUUCUACAUCCAGGGCCGGUAUGGAAAACGGCAAGAGCCGCGUACAGAUUCGUUCUACGUGUCGGGAGGGAGGUACGGACGAAGCGAGAACGGAAUGGAGAAGGCGAGCAAAUCGCAAUUGGCAAAGUUGGUGGAGGUGGAGGUGCCGAGGAUAGAUCGAUUCGUUUGGGGUGGCCGAUACGGGAAACGAUCGCCCCCCGAUUAUCAUCGGCCUGUCUCGUCCGUCAAUCGUUUCAGCGCUGUCCUCGACUUCAUGGAUCGGGUCGAUCUCGAUCGAGAGAACGAUCUCAGUAAUCGAAACGAGCUCGAUCUUCUCCCUUAAUGAAAUCAACCGU